AUGGUGGAAACUAAUCAAGAUGGUGGUUUCAAUGAAGAAGAUCUUCCUUCAAAUGAAAGGACCUUACUAAACAGUAUAAGAGAUAAAAAGAAACAGCUUAUAGAUGAGAUUCAGGAACUUCGUCGUGAGAUUGAAGAGGUGACAUCUGAAUUGGAGGCUAUGGACAUAGAAGAUGAAAACAAACCAGACCCAAAAGCCAAGCAGAUUUCAAUCGGAAAGAAGAAAUUCAAUAUGGAUCCCAAAAAGGUAUAUACAGCUUGUAUUCUAACAUUCUCUGAAAUAGGAUUGAUGGGUUCCUUAAAGGGGCUGACAUGA